UGCCUGAGUCUGACGGACAGUUUGAUUUGCUUUUGGUUUGCUUGUGGCGAUUACUAUUUUCGUUUUGUUAAGUAUUUUAUUUUUCAGAGAGACAUACAAUUUCAUUAAUUCCUAUUUAUUCGCAAAUAAGUAAACAGUAUGUCUAUCACGACGUUGUAUUAUUUACAAUUAAAAAAAGAGAGUGCACAUGAUGAUUCUAUAUGGUGUUGCACCUGGAGCCGCAUUGAUAAAGAAAAACCUAAAAAUGAUGAAAACACAGAGAAUAACGAGACAUCGCAUGAUUCUAACCAUGCCAAUGAAGAACCAGAGAACUACAUCAUCACAGGAGGUUUGGACGACAUCAUCAAGGUGUGGCAAUUAGAGAAUGGGAAACUAGAAGUCAAACAUAAAUUGGAGGGUCAUUCUCUAGGUGUAAUCUCAUUAGCAGUCAGUCCAGAUGGGAAAACAUUAGCUAGUAGUUCCCAAGACUCAUCUUUGAUUCUCUGGGACAUUGCAACAGGAGACAAAUUGAAGACCAUGGAAUCAGGGCCCACAGACGUAUGGACGUUAGACUUCUCGCCCGACGGAAAGCAUGUUAUAUCGGGAAGUAAUCAUGGAAAAAUAUUAAUAUUCAGUGUUGAAACUGGGAAACAGGAGCAGACAUUAGAUACGAGAGGGAAAUUUUUGCUCAGUGUUGCUUACAGCCCUGAUGGCAAGCACAUAGCAAGUGGAGCGCUAGAUGGCAUCAUCAACAUAUUUGAUGUGGCGCAGGGCAAACUGGUCCAUACGUUGGAAGGGCAUGCAAUGCCCAUCCGCAGUCUCUGCUUCUCCCCAGACUCUCAGCUGUUGUUAACCGCCUCUGACGAUGGACAUAUGAAACUUUAUGAUGUAGUACACGCAAACUUAGCGGGUACAUUAUCAGGACAUGCCUCAUGGGUGCUUUCAGUGGCAUUCUCUCCAGACGGCAAGCGCUUUGUGUCCGGGAGUGCUGACAGAACUGUCAGAGUGUGGGAUCUUGAUAGUAUGCAGUGUCAGAAUGUGUUCAAGGAACAUAAUGACCAGGUAUGGGGCGUCAAAUUUAAUGCAGAAAGCAAUAAGAUAGUGUCCGUAUCAGAAGAUAAAAGUAUAAAUAUAUAUGACUGCCCAUUAUAAUAAGUGAUUAAUUAAUAUAUAUAAUUUACAAAAGUAAAA